AUGACCAUUGCCUUUUCUAUAUUUGGUUGUUACACGGCAACACAAGAUAACAAAUGCUAUGAUAAUAAGCUGUUUUCAAAAGAUAUUGGCUGUUAUGCAAUAACAACAGGUAAUUCAUUACAUGGCCUGACUGAUGUCAAGACUGAUGCUCUGACUGGUGCCCUGACUGAUGCCAUGACUGAUGCUUUGACUGAUGCUUUGACUGAUGCUUUGGCUGAUGCCCUGACUGUUGCCCUGACUGAUGCCCUGACUAGUGCCCUGACUGGUGCCCUGACUGAUGCCAUGACUGAUGCCCUGACUAGUGCCAUGACCGAUGCCCUGACUGAUGCCCUGACGGUAUACUCCCUGAAUGGUGUCCUUACUGAUGCCCUGACUGGUGUCCUGACUGGUGCCCUGACUGGUGUCCUGACUGGUGCCCUGACUGACGCCCUGACUGAUGCCCUGACUGAUGCCCUGACUGGUGCCCUGACCCCUGUCCUGUCCGAUGCCCUGACUGGUGUCCUGACUGGUGCCCUGACUGACGCCCUGACUGAUGCCCUGACUGAUGCACUGACUGAUUCCACAACUGGUGCCCGGACUGGUACCCUGACUGAUGCCUUGCCCAAUGCCCUGACCGGUGCCUUGUCUGAUGCUCUGACUGAUGCCAUGAGUGAUGCUUUGUCUGGUACCCUGACUGAUGCCCUGACUGAUGCCCUGACUAGUGCCCUGACUGGUGCCCUGACGGGUGUCCUGUCUGAUGCCCUGUCUGAUGACCUGACCUGUGUCCUGACUGAUACCCUGACUGGUGUCCUAACUGGUGUCCUGACUAAUGCCCUGACUGAUUCACUGACAGGUGCCCAGACUGGUACCCUGACUGAUGCCCUGACUGAUUCCCUGACUAGUGCCCUGACUGAUGCCCUGACCGGUGUCCGGACUGAUGCCCUGACUGGUGCCCUGACUAGUGUCCUGACUGAUGUCCUGAAUGGUGUCCCGACUGACGCCCUGACUGGUGUCUUGACUGGUGCCCUGACUGGUGACCUGUCUGAUGCCCUGACCGGUGUCCUGACUGAUGCCCUGACUGGUGUCCUGACUGCUGUCCUGUCUGAUGCCCCGACCGGUGUCUUGACUGAUGCCCUGACUGGUGUCCUGACUGAUGCCCUGACUGGUACCCUGACUGGUGUCCUGUCUGAUGCCCUGACUGGUGUUCUGACUGAUGCCCUGACUGAUGCCCUGACCCCUGUCCUGUCUGAUGCCAUGACUGGUGUCCCGACUGAUGCCCGGAUUGAUGCCCUAAAUGGUGUCCUAACUGAUGCCCUGACUGAUGUCCUGACGGUGCCCUGA